AUGACGGUGGGGCGGGCGCGGUCCCCCCGCCUCUCAGCAGUGCCAGAGGGGGGCCGGAGUGCCCGGGGAACCCGAGGGGCCGCGCCGCCACCGGCGCUCGGCGCUGCGGGCGGUCGGGCGGCGGCAGACGGGCGCAUCAUCGCGGACCGCAACGACGGCGGCGCCCCGGAGCCCCCCCGGCGGCUCCGCCCCGGCCUCUCGCAGGCGCUGGCGGGCGCGGGCGGCGGCGGGAGCGGCGGCGGGGCGGCGGCGGGCGGAGAGGCGGCGGGAGGGCUGAGCGCCGCCUUCAGCGGGCCGCGCAUCGCCUUCUACGUGGGGCUGAAGAGCCCCCACGAGGGCUAUGAGGUCCUCAAGUUCGACGACGUGGUGACCAACCUGGGCAACCACUACGACCCGGCCAGCGGCAAGUUCACCUGCCAGGUGCGCGGCAUCUACUUCUUCACCUACCACAUCCUCAUGCGCGGCGGCGACGGCACCAGCAUGUGGGCUGACCUCUGCAAGAACGGCCAGGUGCGGGCCAGUGCCAUCGCCCAGGAUGCGGACCAGAACUAUGACUAUGCCAGCAACAGCGUGGUGCUGCACCUGGACUCCGGCGACGAAGUGUACGUCAAGCUGGAUGGAGGCAAAGCACACGGAGGCAACAACAAUAAGUACAGCACUUUCUCUGGCUUUCUUUUAUACCCCGAUUAACACACAACAAGCAACAUGACACAACUGGCCCUGCCACUGAUGCUUGUGGGGCUGUUUGGCAUUUCCAUAUCCCAUCGUGCUGCUGUUCUGCUGGUAUCCACUGUCUCCACAGGUCACUUUAGCGUCAUUAUCAGUUUGUAUGUCUUUAUUUUUACUCCUGUGGAAAUGAAAUAGAAGUGAAACAAAGCAAUCCUCUUCUUUACUCUCCCGCAUUUCUUCUGACUGCUCUCUCCCUUUGUCAGCCUGCGUGUUUUGUGUGUCACACGAGGAACUCGGCAGCUUGAAACUCUCAAGUGGUUCUUGGAGGGUUUAAAAGAGCCCAGAGUUCAGACUGUGCCACAUACGGAAUUUGAACCAGUCACAUUUUUUCAUCAAAAAAGUAUUAAUUACAAUGAUGAAUUUUCAGAUCGACUAUUGCAAAGUGGGACUGGGCCAUAACUGUUCUUUCCUCUGCUGCUUUGUAUGGGGUCAAGUGUAAACUUUUAUUUCUGUGCUAUGCAAUGCUCAUGUGAAUGAUGGUGUCAUUAACGUCAAACCUGUUUCUGUCUGCAAAAGAAUUUGGUCGCUGACCACAGUCACCAAAAUAUCACAUUAAAUUAUGUUUUUAGACAAUGCCUUUUUUCUUUCUGUGUCUUCCAGUGCUGCAAAGGAGCACUGUGGUGCUGCCACAGGAGGGUGGGUAGAGGAGGGGGUCACUUUGGUCCCUUAGGUUUGCAGCAAUAUUUAAAGGUUUUUUUUAAAGGAUUGGGCACCUUGCCUAAGUCUUGAUUAUGGUUCAGGGGGGCUGGGAAGAAGCAGAGGGAGAGGAAAAAAAGCUUCACCUUUGCGCAGUUUUGUAAAAAGGAGACACACUGUCAUCAAGAGGUGAAAGUGGGGGUCUGGAGCAGAUUUCCUGAACAGAUUUACUGGGUUUGAACCUGAUCUACAGGUUAACAAAGUACAGGAAAAGCAGUUUAAUCAGUGAUUAUGGAAAGCCGUGUUUCUGUAACAUGCUUGACAAAUGCAAGGAGGCAGCAGGGGAGAGAGUCUGUCUAAACCCUCGCACUUGCAGUGUGUGUAUGGGUUGGGUCUACACGAUGCCUGAGAUGGGCUAGGAGAGAAAGCUUGCUCAAGACUGACGAAUUCCGACCAUUUAGAAAGGUUUUCUUCUGAUGUCCUCAGUAAAUUCCAGCCACUCUGUGUCUUUUUAAGAAUGCACAGAUGUGUAAUUAGUGCGUGUGGUUCUGAGCCUUUGGUGUAGGAGGUGCAUCUUUCAUCAUCACCCCAGUAGGUAACCUCCUUAGUUUGGGUAAAUUGGUGAAGCUAAAACAGUUAAAUUGGUUUACACAAGCACUUAGUUUCAUUUUACUGUCUUGUCAUUUUGUUUUUUCCUUCUGAAGAUCUUACCUCCCUCUCAUUUUUCUGCCCUUUGCAGCUUUAGUGCAGUUUCACAAGUAAGAGAGACAGGAGCUGGACUGAAAACAGCUCUACCAAGGCUGGAGCUUUGCCCCUGCCCUGAUGUUGCAGGAGGAAGGGGAACCCAGUUGGUUGGACUUGGUCCAGCCCCACUUUGGGGCAACCCUGUGAUGACUGAGUUAUUACAAUUGCUUCUCUCUCCUACCUGGUCCUUGGUGGGUAUUUUCUACUCAUUGGCUAGAAGAGGAGGGUCAAAGAGAGAAAGCAAUUCCUUCAUCCUGUCCUCAAACUCUCAAAAAUGUCCUCAAACAAAAAAAUCCCGGUUGAGGGAAGCAGAGUUCAUAACCAGGUACAUGUGUUAGACACUUAUCAAUCUCUAAUGUGUUGUCGAUUUGUACUAUUUAGAAUAUGAUUAAAACCAGUGUCUGAGACCCAAAUGAAGUAUAAUUGCUAUGGAUCCUCAAUUCCCACUGGAUCCGUAAUCCUUUUUGACUAUUCCUCCCCCCUCCUUCAAUGAAAUGGAGCUUAGACACAAAGCCCUUGGUUUAAAUUUCAAAAAAUUAAAAUUGACAUGCAGCAGCAUUAGCAGGAGCCAGGAGGAAUUCUAAGGAGGUGCCUGGGCUGUGCUUUAUCCUUUGCAUUAAGAAGCAAUUUGUACUUCUAACAAAGACCCAACUGUUCCCCCUUGGCAAAAGGGCAAUGAAGAUGCCUUGCAAGGGAAUUGCUGUUCACAAUACUUAAACAAAUUUGAAUCUUAGAUUUUUAAAUCUGUAUUCCCUGGUGGAGCCUGCUCCUCUCAAUUCAAAUGCAGGGCUGGCGGUGUGUGCCUGCCAAGGUGUCAGUAGCUAAGCGGAUGAUGGAUUGAUGAGGCAAUGGGAAGACACAGGCUCACAGUGGCAGUUUGCCCCGACAGUGAUCUAUGUAUCUGCACAUUAUCAAUGUCAUGAGGAGGCUUGAACCACCCUCGCUAGAUGUCUCAUUUUCCACUUACCUCUUAUGUACUAAUUAUCAGGCUGGAUUAUUCCCCAGGACAGAAACAAAAAAAAAAACCCGCUCAUUGCCCCUCCACUGACAGUUUGCACGAUCGAUAGAAUGAACGUCUCCCUCGGCUGCUCAUAGGCUUUUUUGUUUCCUCUCCUCAUUGCAGGGUCUUCCGAGAUUGCCUCUGUGGGGGGUUGAUGGCUCUCACCCAGAAUCUGCAGCAGUGGUGCUUGAACAGGCUCCUCUGUCCCACUCAUCUUGGUAGUAGCUCAGUGUGUGGGUUGUGAUUUUUUCUGAAGUAACACAGGGAAAAGCAAUUGGGAGAUGAAAAACUUCAGUGCUCAGUGGUGCAGUCAUCCAGAAAAGCAGAGGCAGCGCUGCAGAUGGGGAUGGUGGUCCCUGUGCUGCUGGUGUCUGUGGGUGAGAGAAGGGUCGUGUACAGCCCAGCAAGCAGCCUGUAGCAGGCUUGUAACCCUCUGGGCUUCAACUGAGUCGUUCUCCCCUUGGCAAUGGUCUGUGGGUUCUACAUGGCACAAAGAGAAGGGGCUAUUUGUAGAGGGGAUACCCUGGUCCCCUGAUCUGAAUCAGAAGAUGAGAAUUAAGGUGUACUUAGAGGCUGACUUCAGCUUUUUCUGGGACCAACUUUCCCAAAUGAUACUGGGAGCUCAAAUGACCAAUAGCCAGUGUCUACUCUGGAGGUCUGAUCCCUUGGAGGUGUUAUUUUACUUGGUGAGUUGAGCAAAUGCUUUUAAGAACUGUUAGGUGAUCAGGUGUGAUGUGAAUAGGGAAUGCCCCCUGAAAGGAGUGGAAUGUUGGAGUCUUAGACAAAAGGUGCUUCUGUUUUGUGCCCAGCUGUGUGUUCAGGUUAAAAUUAUAAUACAGAAGUUAAGAUUUAAAAAAAAAAAAAGGACAGGUGUAUGUGCUGUCAAAGUAACUUA